AACUCUAGGGGCUUUUUUCUCAGUGAGAGAGAGAGUUGGAGAUUGCUGUUUUCAACUGAAGGCGGAUCCACAAUUUCCAGUCAAAUCACAGGCAGAUGACCGGCAGCAAGGUCAAAGAGAAGGGGAUGCCGGGGUCUGCUGGCCGAACGCCCCCACAGGGGCAGUCCAAGCAUGACCUCCCUCCUGAGCUCAGCGAGACGCUAAGGGCUCACUCCACCCAGCUGGCCCAAGCCCUGGCAGACGCCGACCCCCCGCAGGCGGGGACAGUGACCAAGGAGGAUUUUAGAGGCAUCUGCAGCCGCCAAUUCCCACUCUGGAGUGAUGAACAGUUUGAGAACCUGUGGAGCCACAUGCCACUCGACGCUAGCGGGAAGCUGAAAUACCGUGACUUCUUGGCCAAGUUCUGCAGGAAAAUGGCAACCCCACCCCUGACCUCCACCAACCCUGCUGGGGUUCCUGAGAGAGGCUCCAGGCCUGUCUCCCUGUCUGGGGGCAGCACCAGCUAUCCACACCCUGAAGCUGCACCCGCUCCAACGAGCCACUCCCAGACCCUGGGGCAUCCAGUGUGUCCAGAGCGCCUGGCGCCACCCCUGCCGACCUGCGAGCCCAUCGAGCAGAGGCUGAGGAAAAAAAUUCAGAGCUGCUGGAAAGCCCUGCUGAAAGAAUGCUCAGGCAAAGAUCUAGACCAACAAGGAGAAAUGGCCAUUGCAGAUUUCUGGGCUCUAGCAGAGAAGUUCGGCCUGAACUUCAGUAAAGUUGAUCAGCAGCAGCUUACGGCCAAAUACGACAAGAAGAGCAAUGGACGGUUUGCCUACUGUGACUUCCUCCAAGGCUAUGUGCUGCUGUUCACGGCCCAGAAGCCUUCAGUGCUCCGAAGGCUGAAGAUCCAGAAGCCCUCGAUGCUGGAAGGCCCUGGUCCCCAGAGUCCAAAGCUUUUCGCCGUCCUGCUCCGGAUCCAGCCCCAAAUCCUGCACUGCUGGAGACCUCUGCGACGCACCUUUAAAGAGUAUGACCAGGCCAGAACGGGGAUGAUGGACGUGGCAGAUUUCAGAGAGGUUCUGCUGCAAUAUGGGAUUAGCCUCUCUGAGGAAGAGUUCUUUCACAUUAAGGAAUAUUAUGACAGAACCUUAUCUUCCAAAAUGGCUUACAAUGACUUCUUGCGCGUGUUCCUUCAGUAGGUCAUGAUCUGGGACCACUCAGGCAUCCUCGGCCCCUUGGAACUGUAAGCAGUGGGCCUGGUUCCUGAUUCAUCCUUGGCUGGUUUCACAGAGACAAAU